AUGCUAGUGGACUCGAGACAGAUGCAGAAUGUUGUGUCAGAUAUACAGAUGGAACAUGCCGACCAGGAAUUGCAUUGGCUCAUUUCUCAGGUGAUUACACCCGAAUUUCCCCAGAUAAUCGAAGCACUCGGCAUCUGCUCAAAUCUCAUCUUGUACAACUCGCCACAACACCCCGAUGAGCAGAAACGGAUCGAAAGGGGACCCGAGAUCAAGCUUCCAGUGUCCUCGACGAAGCUGGAGGCGCUCAAGGGUAUUGUGGUGCGGGAUGGGGCGUAUAUCACCCAGAUGACGGUGCAGUUGAAGGAGAGCCAUUUUAACAAGAUACUUAAUAAGAUGACGCUCAAGAAGCCGGUGUUGCUUCCACAGAUCAUUGAGGCCAAGAAGUCGAUAAAUGCAGCCGUGGGGCUCAUAGAGAGGGCGUCGGGUGAGGUUUUGGACGAUUGUCACCACCAGCACACUCGACUCAUUGCCAUGUUCCACGAGAUGCUCCGCGAGAUCCAGAUUGCAAAAAACAGCUUACAAUUGCCCACGAACCCCGAGCUAGUAUUUCCGCUCAAUGUGACGCCGGGGUCGUCUUUCAGUCCUGUGCUCACUACCAACAUUGCCAUCGACUUAUACAUCAGUCAGGCAGAAGUGUGUGUUGAUCUCAAAUACUUGCACCUGGUGCAAGAUCGCCCGUGGUGCGAGAUCGACUCGGAGGGUAAAUCGUAUGUUGACAAGCUCAGAGACGAUAUGCGCUUGCCCAGCUCGCAUGCCAGUAGGGCCAGCACCCCGGCUGCACCCCAACCGCUCAACUUUGCCGAUAUCGAGCAGAAAAUACACCAGUCGACAUCGACUUCUCCCGACGGACUGCGCUCGCAGUCCAACUUCGUCAACAACGUGUGGAAUCACAUCCUGUUGAAGCCAAAACACGAUCCUAUCGACUACAUUACAAAGUGCGUCACUUACAAUAAUAUGGUGGUCAUGGUGUUGAAGAAAAUUGAGGUUUCUUCCCCGGACCCCGUUUUAGUGAGCGCCCUCACUAAAUUGGAUAGCAUUGAGUAUCUCGUCAGUAGUUUCUUGGAAAACCUCCAGAAAGUGGUAGAUUCUCUUCACCAGUAG